AUGACGGAAAUCUUAUAUAAUCAUGCAUCGCAGGAUGCAGGCGACGUGUCGAAAGUUUCGUCGUCGUCGAUAAGAAACACGCCACGUUACGAAGCAUUUUUAAUGACUGGUGAAAAGAUGAUUAGUCUUGAUCCUAAUAUAUCUGCAAGAUAUGCUGAGAUGAAUUAUGAACAAUUACCACCAACAACAGCUAAAAUAGAAGUACCACGCUAUGGUCCAUUUGAUGAUUUUCCGUCGUAUAUGAUGCGAAAUCAUGUGCGAAGUAGGUUUUGUCCAGAAUCAGCCGAAUCCGGAUUGUCGGAAGAUGAAAAUUCCUCAGUAACAGUAAAUGCGGAACCUAUUUUGAUAACGGACAAAAGCACUCAUCUUAACGAAUCUGAAUUUGCAAAUUCUAUGACCUCAUCGGAUGAAUUAAACGACUUCAAUAAUGAAAUUUCAACUAAGGAUCAUCAGCAGUGUCCGUCGUAUCCAGAUGAAAUUAGUCAUAGUGAGCCAUCCAGCCCAGCAAAAGGCCACAUGGUUAACAAUCUUGUUUCUAAGGUGCGAUGCCCUUCUCCACCAUCAGGUGCUUUCAAUUUUUAUAUAAUUUUUAGCGUUCAAUCAAAAUUGUAUUUCUUUGUUGGUUUUUUAGACUUCGAUCGAAAAUCGGAUUUCGAUAUAAAUGCUUCGAGUAGAUUAGCAAAACGAUUAUACGCAUUAGAUGGAUUUAAGAAAACGGAUGUUGCAAGUCAUCUCGCUAAAGAAAAUGGCUUUAGCGCAGCAGUUGCAGAAGAAUAUUGUGCAUUAUUUAAUUUCACGGGUAUUAGAUUAGAUAUGGCAAUUCGAGAAUUCCUGUCAAGAUUUUGUUUAAUUGGUGAAAGUCAGGAAAGAGCGCGAAUCGUCGAACACUUUGCAAAUCGUUAUCAUCAAUGCAAUCCAACGCUUUUCAAAUCAGCUGAUCAAGUGCACGCUCUAACUUGUGGUCUUCUCUUGCUUAAUUCAGAUCUUCAUGGCCCAAAUACGGGAAAAAGGAUGUCAAGCCGCGAUUUUAUUGAUAAUAUAAGUCAAACAGAACAUCAAUACGAUCGGUCAUUGUUGAAAACACUUUAUGCUUCAAUAAAAGAACAACCAAUGAAGUGGGCUGAAGAGGAAAAUAUGGAAAUAAAUGGAAAAUUAAGUGAAAAUUCUCUAAAAAAAGCAACAACUAAAAAAGGCAACAAGUUGAAUUCCUCUUCAGUUAUUUAUGAAGAUGAUCAAAUAGAAUAUAAGGCUGGUUGGGUUGUACGAAAAUCUCCAUUUGGUCGACGUAGCUGGAAUAUGAUGUAUGCUCGUUUACGAGGUAUGGUUCUAUAUCUUCAUAAAGACGAGGAUGGAUUUCGUCGUCGGCGCUACGAAACAUUCAAUAAUGCUAUUAUGCUUCAUCAUUCGUUAGCCAGUCGUUGUGAAAAUUAUAAGAAAAGGCAACAUAUAUUCAGAUUGCGUACGGCAAAUCUCGGUGAAUAUUUGUUUCAAACAAGUGAUGAUAACGAAGUGCAGCAAUGGAUUGAUACCAUUAAUUAUGUAGCUGCAGCUUUCUCUUCUCCAGCAUUACCAGCUCCAGCAUCAAAUCAAUCAAAUUUAUUUCAUAGACCUCUGCUGCCCAGUGCGCCAACUAUUUUUUCUAUAGUUCAACAAUUAAGAAUUCAUGAAGAAAAAGAAAGGGAGAUCGCCGAACAACUUGAAAAACUAAUGAAGGAAGCGCCACCACUCAAAGCGAAAGGUAGUGCUGUUCAGGAGUUUUUCUUUAAGGAGCGUUAUCUUUAUCAUGAGCGAGAACGAUAUGCAACAUAUGCGAAAAUUUUGCGAAAUCGUUUAAGUACAAUACCUCUCUCUCAGUCGACAUCAAUUCGCAUUGAUAAUUUAGAAGUAUUGCAAAUUAUGGUACCUUAUUUAAAAGGAGGCAAUAAAGAAGGGCGAUUAGCAAGAGAUGCGGAUUCAUUGCAAUCUGAAAACGAUAAAUUUCGAAUCGAAUCGGAUGAAUUAGAAUCAAAUGCUGAUCGAUGUAGUUAUAAGGAAGCCAUAAUACAUAGUCCAUGUAAAGCAUUCAUAAAAACCAAUUCGAAUUGUUAA